AUGCCUAUGGGCGAGGACCCACGGCAUGGGCUGCUUGUGGCGCUGGUGGUGGGCCUGGUCGGCGUGCUGCUCCUGAUCUUCGCGGCGCUGGCGGUUGCCCCCGUGCUCGUGAUCGUGCUGGGGCUGAUGACGUACGUGGUGUGGUGGUACGUGUCACGGGAAGACACCUCCUACAUGCACCACGCGCAGGAACACGAGAACCGGUUCUGGACUACGGUGGCGUUUUGCUUCUCGGGGGCACUGGUGUUCGUUCAUGACAGUCCCGUGGCCUUGGGGCAAUGGUCCCCCGUGCUGGGGUUCCUUUUCGUCAUGAUGUUCACCUUCUCGGUGCACAGCUACGAUCGACAGCUCCACCGGUCGAGAAUCGGGCGUGCGCCCAACUUUCGGCCAUCGGUGGAAAGCAGCACCAUGCUCCACAGCAGCGUUCAGGAUAAGUGUCGGCGUAUCUCCUUGUGCCUCAGCAAGCUCGACAACCGGCUCGUGGCAACCAACCUCAACCACAUGCUCUGGGCGGACAUGGUGCAAAACUUGGAGAAGGAGAUCGUGAACAUCCUCAGCGAUGCAGACCCGUCGGAGCUGAACUACAUGCUGCCCAAGAUCGGGCUAGGCCUGCUGUUCUACAAGGUCAAGGACCACGCGCCAAUCAACCUGCACAGGACCAGACUGCUCAACGUGCUCGCCGACAACCGCAUAUCGGACCUUAACGUGACAUCGCGAGCUCUCGUGCUCGACGCUCUCCAGCAGCUAAAGCUUUCUGCGCACAAAGACAGCGAGGCGUACGCGAAGAAAAUAAUCUUGAAGACGAAAGGAGACGACUUGUCGGAGCUCAAGAGCCUCACCGACGCGAAGGGCGACAUCCACUCCAUACACAAGCUCGUCUAUCGCGACAUUAAGGACGUGGCUGUCAGAGAGGAGGUGCUGAAGCACAUCGCCAACCAGGCGAAGGUGCAGGCGGCGCACAUGCGACUCGGAACCCGCACGGGGAGCAGGCGCAGCGGGAAGGCGUGGCGCAAGAUCCUGUCCGACGUCGACGACACGCUAACCUCGUCAGGGGGGCGUUUUCCGGCGGGUGUGGACGCACGGUAUCCCCGCAAGAGCGUCUACCCUGGCGUCCUAGACUUUUACCGAGAGCUGGACUUAGGCGCCAACGGGCCGAGCGAAUGGCCGCACGGCCAGCUAGGAAACCUGGUGUUCUUGUCCGCGAGGCCGCACGUGUACAAGGACAUGUCGGAGUCGAAGAGCUACGCCAAGUUUAAGAAGCUACAGGAUGAGAAGGGCCUGUACACGAGUCCCACGCUACUCGCGGGGAGCAUCGACACCGGCACCACCAUGCUGCUCACGGGGAACAUGGAGCCCGUGGCUGAGAAGAAGUUCCAGAACUUUGCCGAGUAUGUCAGCCUGUACCCGGAGUUCCAGCACGUAUUCCUGGGGGACAACGGGCAGGGAGACGUCAGGGCGGCGGAGAUGAUGGCCAAGCGCUACCCAGGGAAGCUCGAGGCGGUGUAUAUGCACAGGGUGGUGCCGGAAGAGAAGACGUUCGGGUACCAGGGUGCAGUUACCCGGGAGGCGUGGAAGAAGGCCAACAUCGUCUUCGUCGGCGACUACGUCGAGGCCGCUUGCCACGCCUAUAAGCACGGCCUCAUCCAGGCGGUGGGCUUGCAGCGCGUGUGCCAGGGCGCUGUGGAGCAGUUCGUGGAGAUGAAGUUCGAGGGCCCCCUGAUGCGCGAGCAACAGAGGCGGCAGAUCAACCAGAGCGUGUGGCAGGCAAACAAGCUUCUGCAGGCCGCCGAGCUGGAGCCGAACUGGCUCAUCCGUGCGGAGAGGGCUUUCGACGACAUGGAGGCGGUGCUGACGCCCUUCGGCCGCGGGACGGUGGUCAACUUCCGACCCGAAGACGGCGUGUACGAGGUCCUGCUCGACUGGUCCCAGAAAGUCUCCGCGUCCGCGGCAUCCCGCAGCACAAGCGCCAAGGCCUCCACGGCUCCCGUCACCCCGCUGACGAGCCGCUCCGCCCACGCCGCAAGCCGACCGAACCCCCAGGGUCCGGCCGCGCCGCGCCCGACAACCCUGCCGACCCGGCCCUCGAGCUUCCCGAACGCCGCGGCGGGGGGAUUGGCGAGGCCGGCUUCGUCUUCACCGGCGGCGGCGGCGGCGGCGGCGGCGCCUCUUCCCCCCUCUGCGGUGCCGGUGCCUCCGGCCACGGGAGCGGAGACGGCGGCCGGUAGCGCGCAUGCCGGAGUUGGCGGUCCGGGGUCUGAGGGAGAAGCGGCGGCGGCAGCGGGAGGGGACGCUGGUGCUAACGCGGAAGACAACCCCGGCCUGCUGCCGCCGCCGCCGUCGCCUCUGAUUCUGCCCGACCGCGGGCCCGACGCGGCCGGCGGUGGCGAGGCCGUGCGAGAUGCUAGAGUCAGGAGGAGGAGCACCGCCGCGGGCAGUGGCAGCCGGCUCCGGUGCAGCGACGGCCGCCACAGCCGCGAUGGCAGUGAUGCGUGGCGACGGCGGCGGCGCCGAGGAGGCCGCCGGUGGACCGCCGGCGGAUCGGCAGCGGCGGCGGCGGAGGCGGUGGCUUCCAGCCUCCUCGAGCCUCCCCGUGGGGGACAAACACCGGGACAACAAGGGCUGCCGCCGUCGACACCGUUGCCGCCGCCGGCGCAGAACGCCUCCACCGAAGAAGACGCAGCGGGCGAGGAGAGUCUCGCCGAGCAGGCGGCGAGGGCGGCGGCGGCGGCGGCGCUGACCGAAGCCGCCGCGGAGGCUGUCCAGAGGAACAACAGCCACGGGCACGAAAGCGGCGCCAACGGCAGCGGCGACGAGCGGGAAGCCGGGGGCAGCGAGAGCUCGCCGCACGCCGGUAUGGUCCGGCCUCGCUCGGCGGGGUCGUUGGUUGGUGGGCCGGGCGGCAGCGACGGCGGUGGCGAGGUCGGCGGCUUCUCGCCGCACGGGAGCGGGGACGCUUCCUGGAGACCAACCUCGGGGGCCAGCGGCGGCUCGGGCGAGAACUCGCCUCAGGCUGCUGCUGCCUUUGCUGGAGGACAGCAGCAUGACGAGUCCGUCGCGGCUGCGGCUGCCAAGGUAUUGACGGCCAAGAUGCCGGGGUCGAUGGCGGUUCGCGCUUACCUGCAGCUCUCGUCGCUCAAGAACGCUCCCCCCGAGGUGAAGAAGCCAGCCCGCAAGGACGAGCCCGACGAGCCCAAGUCCGGCAGGCUAUCCACACGCCUGAGCAUCUUCAGCCGACAGCAGGACGCGGGCUCGGCCGGCAGCAGCCGGUCCACGGCCAAGGUUUCCAUCACCAGGGGAGCAAUGGUUCAGACCUUCUUGGGACCGGCGAUUGUCAGGCACGUCCGCACGGAAGACGGCAUGUGCGAGGUCGCCUUCCAGAAGUGGGUCCUCGCCUGCGGGAAGCCGGCGUUAGGGGUUCUCCGAGAGGCCGACCUGGUCGCCGAGACCGCGGCCACCCUCGGCAAGUCGCCGUCCCUGUUAGGCCGCACGGGCAAGGCCAUCUCGUCGCUCUUCAAGCUCAGCACCGUGCCGGCCCCCGCCCCGCCGGAGCCGCGGGUCGGCGACAUCGUGGACACCAUCUUCGGGCCCGCCGCCGUUACCGCCGUUCGCGGCGGCGGUCCCGCCGCCGGUCUGCCUAAGCUGAAGAAGACGGCGGCGGGAGGGGAAGAGAAGGAAGUUUCUAGUCAUACGGCACCUGCGGCCGCCACCGCAUCACCGGCAAGAGGAGCGGUCAGAGGCGAUGCACCAACCCCGGCGGAGGCGGCGAGUUCAUCGCCUGCUGUUGUUGGUCCGGCAGACGGCGAUGGGAUUGGCGUGUCCGAAGGAGGUUCCGCCGCCGCCCCGGCAUCGUCGGGACAGGAGGCGGCUCCUCCGUCGCCGCCGUCUGCCAGGCCUUUGCUUACACCGCCGCGGUCUCCCCGCAGCCAGGCCUCCACCGCUGCCGACAACCAACAGCAGGAGCAGCAGCAGCAGCAGCAGCCGUGGGCGGCCGCCUCUCCCCGGCUUACCCGGACGUCAUCGCUGCCGGCGACACCACCACCACGGGCACCGCCUCCUUCCUCAGCGACCGCAAUAACCGCGGGAGACUUGACGCCCGUUUCGCCGGUGUUCCUGGGCCUCCCGCCGCCCGCCUCUCCCCCGCGCCCGUCCCCCGCCUACUCCGCCGGCAGACCCCGGGGCGCGAGCAUUUCCGUCCCCGGUCGGGACGACCACCGCCGCCUCUCCUUCUCCAGCGGCGGCGACGCUGGUGCGGAGGAAGGGUUGGGCGAACUCGGGAGGCAGCUCAGCGGCAGCGCCGCCGGGGAGCUGUUCCCCGGGCAGCUUCUGUCCUCGCCGGCCUCCGUCGCGGAGCUGGGCGGGCGCGGGGGCAGGCGGGGGUCGUCAUCCCCGCAGUCCCCGGCUGAUGCUGCUGCGGCGGCGGCGGCGGGAGCGGAUGGUUUCGAUGCGCCGUCCCCCGGCGUCGGCAGCGGCGGGGAGAGCGGGGACGAGGAGCAAGGAGAAGGCGGCGAUGAUGAUGCAACCUCGCCCCUAGGGAUCCGGAUCCUGGAGAGGAGGGGGGAGAUGGUCGGGGGGGGGAGAGCGUCGGCGGCGUCGCCCACGGACGCGGUCAUGUACGAGGUGGCGUUCAUGAAGUGGCGGCUCACCAACAACACGCCCGCCAGAGCGGUGCUCAACCGCGGUAGUAUCUGGGCGGAGUGGGAAACACGGCCAUCCACGGCCUCCUUCUCCUCAGCGAACAGGAGGUCAAGCCGCCGGCACGGCGGCAGCAGGAGGCAACGGCGUUCUUCCCGGCCUUCGUCCUUCUUUGGGUUCAUGUCCAUGGUGGGAGGGUACGCGGGGGGCGGCGGAGGCACUACGAAGAUUCUCGAGACGCCCCCGGGGAGUCCGCAGAAGGCUACGGCUGCCAAGAGCCCGUCCAAGGCCGUGUCAGUGCCCCUUCAUGCGUGCGAUUUCCCGCCCGGCGCGUGCGUCAAGACGAAGGGGUUGGGGCCGGCGCUGGUGACCAAGUUCAGGCCGGAAGACGGGAUCUAUCAGGUUUCCCUGUUAUCAUGGCGUUCGCAGAGCGGCCGUCUUGCCUCCGCCUUCCUCAGUCGUGCCGCCAUCGUCUCCAGCGUGGCCUUGCCCGAAGCCCCCGUCAGGACGCCCAUGGGCCUUGGUAGGGUCAAGUUCGUCCGAGAGGACGGAGUCGUGGUUGUCGCUGCCGCGGGAGAGGGUGGCUCGAAGGACGCGGCUUCCGGCGAUAGCGCCAGAUCCCCAAGCGGGGGAACUGCCAUGAUGUUCCUGCAGCUCUCUGCUAUCCUCGGUCCCGCGAAGGCCACUCUCGGGGAUAGGGUGGGCACGUCCCUGGGCGUGGGUGUUCUCCGUGCGUACCGUGCUGCGUCAGACACGUACGUCAUCGACCUAGGAUGGGGGCUGCUCCAUAGCCCGCACGGUAGUGCUCUGAAAGAGCAGAGACGGACGGAGGAAUCAUCGCCCUUGAACGCCAGGUCCUCCGGCGGUAUAAUCAACUUGUUCCGGUGGCCGCUGUUCGGCAGCGGGCCUUCCUCAUCGGCAGCCCCUUUCCCUCCUCUAGAAAUCUGAGCGUUUGUUUGCAAGGGCGGGACUUACGCCGACGUAUCUACAUGUAGGAAGGGAGCUGUAUCGUCGAGAAAGCACUCCUCCCCGCCCCCUCUUACUCUUACAACUGUGGGCGUUGUUUUCAAGGACGCGACUCAUGUCGCCAACUCCCAUGUAGUGGUCAAGUUUUUAUGGUUUUGUCACAGAGUUGAGGCAGGCAGUCCGUGUCGACGGCAUGAAACGUUGCCUUGAGACGAGGCGGGCGUUGUGAGGUAGGCCCUAAGUUGGAUUGUGGGGGUUUGUUUGUGACGUUGAUCGGUUGUUUGUCAUUGUUGAAACUGCCAGCAUUGGGUCAGAGCGGGCCGAUCGUCCAUGUUCUGGGCUGUUAGCCUGCGUAGCUCUGAGUGAACCCGUGGCCUAUUUUGGUGUCU